AUUAAUUUUUUUAGUUUCAAAUAAUACUCCAUUUAAAACGAUCAACACAUAGGCAAUUGAAUUGUUAACAAUUUAUGAUCAAAACACUGAUGAAUGUUUAAUAAUAUUAUAAUAAUAAAAAUGUGUAAUAUGACAAUCAUAAUAUGACGUCAAAAUAUGGUUGGUGGUAGGGUAGAUGAAAGAGGAAAAACAAAAAGUGUGUCUGCUGCUACUGCUAACUCACUUCAGUGUCAAAAUGUACGUUUUAGUGGGUGAACAUGGAGUCAAGAAAAUAUUCUCAUUGCGUCCAAUUGAUACUUGAUCGUGUUAAUGAUAUAUUAAAAUUACAAGAAGAAUUUCAUUAUAAAUGUUUAUCGAAGAAUGUUUAACAAUUAUUACCAAUGUGACGUAGUAUUGCAUUAUCGUUGUCAUGCUCGUUUAAGAAAACAGAUAUGAAGAGGAGAGAUAGAUAUCGCUAGGUGCGAUAUUAUUAUUAUUAGUAAUAGUAUAGGAAAAACACGUCGGUUAACUAUAUUCGUUCGAAUGGAAUAAUUUUCUAAAAUAAAGGGAAAAAAAAGAAGAAAACUAAAUCAACGCCAAUUCUAUUCGAUGAUUGAUUAACAAGAUAUAUUGUUCAAUUUUGACGUUAGUCAAUAAUUUCAGCAAACAAAUCCAGAUAGUAUCGAAAUCACUAGAUUUAGUGAUACGUUUGCCAACACGGCAAACCUUGCUCAUGUCAUAACCGACAAUUUUCGAAAAAUUCUUAAACUUUAGGUACAAUUAGAUCAUAUAAAGAUGGCUUGCGAAGCAUGCAAAACUAAGUUUAAUUUUUUUAAACGUAGAAAACAAUGUACAGGCUGUCUAAGGUAUUUUUGUUCGGAAUGUCUUAUAAAACGUAUCGACAAAACAUUUAAUUGCGAGAAUUGUGGCAUGUUAUCGCAAAGGCCACUUAUUCGCAGUCAGAUUAUGCGAAUGCGUUCCAGGGAUUUACGCCAAUAUCUUUUAGCAAAAAAAGUAUCUAUUAAAGGAUGCGUAGAAAAAGAAGACUUGGUAAACUUACUAUUGAUAUAUGCAAAUGGUUCAACGGAUAAUUUAGAAGAGGAAAGAAAUUCUACGAUAACACAUAAUACUGUUACAGAAGAAUUGCCUCAAACAAGUACUGCAGAUGUUACGUUACCUGAUACACCAAUACAAUUAGAAAAUCAUACAAAUGUAGUGACUGAGGAAGUAAAUACAGAACGCAUUGAAUUGCAACCGGAAUGCGUGACAGUUAAUAAUAUAGAAAUAGAAGAAGUAUCGGCAAGUGAUUGUAGUCCAGAUAACGGACCAGAGCCUUUAAUUACUGAACAAGAUGAAGAUUCAGAAACAUUAGAUAUAAAACAAUCGACUAUGUUAACAGAGAUUCCUGUGUGGUCUGGUCUUGUCAAGCUAUCAGAUAUAAAUGAAUUAUCACAAUUGGAACACUUAAGUGUGAAACAAUUAAAAACUCUUUUAAUAACAAAUCGUGUUGACUUUAAAGGUUGUGUUGAAAGGUGUGAAUUAUUGGACAGAGCAUCUAGAUUAUGGGAAGAACAUAAUCAAGCUAGAGCAGAUAUAGAUAAUAUAGAUACAGAAGAUAUUUGUAAAAUUUGCUGGGAUGCACCAAUUGAGUGCGUAAUUUUAGAAUGUGGUCACAUGGCAUGUUGUAUUAAUUGUGGGAAACGAAUGUCCGAAUGCCCAAUAUGUAAACAAUAUGUUGUUAGAGUUGUGCGAUUUUUUAAAGCUUGAUGAAGUAAAUCAUUUUAAUAACUGAAUUUAUAGUAUUUCAAUUUUGUGAUGUACAAAGAACAACAGAGUAUAUAGAAAGAAAGAAAAAUGAAAGAAAAAGAAUAUCUAGAAUUAUUGUGUUUGCUUUAAAAAUAAUUCAUA